AUGACACAAGUUAAUGAGCUAUUUAUAGAAAUAUUUUCUUGGCUGAAUGGCCCUCAAAAGCUAGAUGCUUAUGAUCUCUUUGUCAAAGAUCUUAUGCGACCCGAUGUAAAACAAUGGGAUGUGGUUAAGGUGAAUCGAGUUUUUGGUAGGGAGGAGGCCAAAACUAUCCUUAGUACUCCGUUAGUGGAGGAUGUAGUGGAGGAUAGGUUGAUUUGGCAAGAGGAACAAAGUGGUGUUUAUAGUGUGAAAUCGGGGUAUAGACUAUGGCGACGGCUUCAAAGUAAUAUUCAUCAUUAUGGUACUGAAGGCAAGUGGAGUAAUCUUUGGAGUAUUCUAGCGCCUCCCAGAGCUAAACACUUGUUAUGGCGAAUUUGUAGGGAUUGUCUCCCGACCCGGUCAAAACUUCAACAGCAUCAUGUUCAAUGCCCGACCUUAUGUCCUUGGUGUGAGUUAGAAGAUGAAGAUGAGUGGCAUGUGUUCUUUGGGUGUUGUUCUACUAGCCAAAGUUGGCGGGCAGCAGGUUUGUCAUCUAUUAUUGAAUCCCGUUUACAUACAUUCCGCGAUGCUAAGUCACUUAUUUUUGAUGUGUGUAGUCGUGAGGAUCGUAGGGAUGCGGGAAGAUUUGCGGUUUGUCUUGAGAUGCUCUGGAGAAGUAGAAAUAAUGUAGUAUGGCAAGAUACUCGUGAAGACCCUAUGCGGGUUGGUUUACAAGCCUAUCAAAAUUGGUACGAUUGGUUCCUAGCCAGAGAGAAGCAAAAUCCUUCCGGUCCUAAUAGUAAUUCAGAAAUUUGGGUUCCACCUGCGGUAAACCAAGUAAAGUGCAAUGUUGACGCAGCUUUCAACAAGGUUAGUGAUACUACUAAUAGAGGAUGGUGCUUUAGGGAUCAUGUGGGGAGAUUUAUCACAGGUGGAGUGGCUUGGGAUGUGGGUUCUCUUUCCGUCAUUGAAGCUGAAGCCACCGCUUUGAAGGAAGCAAUCCAACAUGCCAUCUCUCUUCAGUUAUCUCAUGUUAUCUUUGAAAGUGAUUGUCAAAUUCACCCUAUAUUUGGUAGUACUAAAAUCUAUAUUGUGGCACUAGAUGACAAAAACUGA